AUGGAGGUUGCGUUGAAGGAUGGUUUGGAAAAAUUCCCUCAUAGUGUGGUGCAUGACCCUGACUGCUUUAAUGAGGUAAAUAUGAAUGAUAUAGGUGAUGGCGGUGAAGGAAAUAGUUCACCCGUUCGAGGAUUGAUACUUACUGAAGUUAAUACAGAAAAAGAAGUCAAUUAUACUACACCUGUUGAUACGACUUCUUUAACAAUGACUCAGUUUCAUCGACUUCCAGGGGUGAAUGAGGAAAUGAUUAAGUUGUUGGAUGAAACUGAGUUACAGGUGUAUAGAAGGAAAAAGCGAAUGUCAGUAAUCAGUGGGGAUAAUCUGGUAGGAAGAAAUAUAGGAGAGGCUGUUGAUAAUGCUGCAGGAUAUGAUGAUAAUGACAAAAGGGAAAAACAUAUUCCUAAAAAGACAAAAAUAUUUCAUUCGCCCUAUAUUGAAAGAAUUGUUAAGGUUGGGGAAAAGCUGACUAUGGAUGAAACAGGGAUAUGCAAUUCUGUUUUUGCAUCUAAAAGAGAUGACGGGAUCGAUCGCUUUCGAUCAUGGAAUGUUUUUGCAUUCAAUCAUGGAAUGUUUUUGCAUUCUAAAAUAAUUGAUUGUUGGGCUGCGUUUUUAAAUAAAAUGGAGAACUACAAGGAUGAAUCAUCGCUUUCAAGAUUUUUCUUCGAUACAACUAUUGUGACAGAAGAUAUAUUGAAUGAGCUAAAGUCAGAAGAUAUGAAAUGUAGGCUUUUUGCUACUUUAUUGCGAAUCUACACUAAGAAAUUUGAUGUGAAGCCAAGUUUUAGAGACGUUGCACUUUUUGAUGAUGGAAAUUAUUACUUACUCAUCUUUGAUCUGAGAUCAAGUUUGUACUACAUAGUAGAUCAUGUGAAGAGGACAUGA